CCAUGCAAAUAAUUCUCACUGCUGCGAAAAUCCAAUAGCACAUCCAAGAAUUCCCUGUAAGCACCAAAAUAAUUAAGCAUCAUGGAAGUUGGUACUUUCCUUCUAUCUCUUCUUGUCUUCGCUAUGGCUUCUUCAUUUUGUGCCACUGCUUUUGAUCCUAGUCCUCUCCAAGACUUCUGUGUAGCAACAGAUGGCUCUGAUUCUUCUGUAUUCGUGAAUGGAAAGUUCUGCAAGAAUCCAAACAAUGUUACGGCAGAUGAUUUCUUCUAUUCCGGACUUAAUGUUCGUGCAAAUACAUCGAAUCAACUUGGAGUAAAUGUCACAAUUUUAACUGCUGAUGUAAUACCAGGACUUAACACCAAUGGCAUAACCUUAGCUCGUAUUGACUAUGCAGCAAAUGGCGGCUUAAAUCCACCGCAUGUACACCCCAGAGCUGCAGAAAUCCUAGUAGUUCUAGAAGGAACCGUUUAUGCUGGUUUUGUAACAUCAAAUCCGGAUCAUCGUCUGUUCAGCAAAAUUCUAAAGCCAGGGGAUGUCUUUGUGUUUCCAUUUGGGAUGAUACAUUUUCAAUUGAAUCUUGGUAAAACUCCUGCACUCGCCUUUGCUGCAUUGACUAGCCAAAAUCCAGGAGUCAUGACUUUAGCUAAUGGGAUUUUUGGAGCUCAUCCUUCCAUUAAUCUUGAUGUUGUGGCCAAGGCAUUUCAUUUAGACAAAAGUUUAGUCCGCAAGCUUCGGGGACAAGAGUGGGCCAAUCCCUCAUAGAGUUUGUUUAAUUUCAAAGAUGUGUUGGGUCAAGUCUUAUCAUUUGAGGUGUCUGAAAUGACAUUAGUUUGUUUGAAUAAGGAGAAUGUUUGUGUUCCAUUCCUCAUGUUGAUUAAUUAAUUAAGGUAGAGGAGGAUAUGCCUCUUCCACCAUCUUUAUAUUGCAAGUAAUAAAGGUCAUGUGCUAGUGCAAUUUGCUUA